AUGAAAGACAUUCGGGUUGCAAAACCUUAUGCACGCGCCCUAUACGAUGCAGCGGUGGAACAGAACGCCUUGGCACCUAUCAUCGUAGAUGUAGACAAGCUGCGAGAGUUGAUUGAACAGUCUGAGGGAUUCACGCAGUUAAUCCACAGCCCUAUUCUGUCUCCACAAUUUAAAAGCGAGAUGUUUCAGCAACUUUUCGCCGACGCGAUGCAGCCGCUGACGAUUAAUUUCCUCAAACUCCUUGCAUCAAAGCAGCGUGAGCGCUAUCUCGUCGCAAUAAUGGAUGUCUUUUCAGCGAUUGUUGACGAAACUGCCGGUAGGCUCGUCGCGAAAGUGACGACGGCUGUCCCUAUAACAGCGGAGCAAGAAGAACGGUUCGUGCAGCAGUUAAGCACGUAUUCAGGAAAACAGGUGCGAUUGGAAACUGUAACUGACCCACAAAUUCAGGGUGGAUUCAUCGUGCAGUUAGACGACACCGUUUUUGAUGCAAGCGUUACAACACAACUUCAACGCUUGAAGCAACAACUUGCAAGAGGCUAA